AUGGCGGCGGCGCGGGGGCUGGGGCUGAGCCUGCGAGCGGCGGGGCUGGGGUCGCUGCUGCGGGCUGCGGGCACGGGGCCGGCCCCGGUCCGCGCCGUCCGGAGGAGCGCCCUUGGGGUCAUCUCGCGCCCAGGUGAGGACUCGUCCAGGGAUGCCCUCGGCAUCUGGGAAAGCCGCCCCGUCCGUCCGUGCCUCCGCUUUGCCGGGGCGCGUGGCGUCGCGAUAAACCCUGGAACUGCCGCCCGAGCCUCUGAGUCGGGCCCUGGGUGCGCGCGGGCUCUGGCGGGCGCUGUCGGCCGCGCUGCCGCCCGACACGCUCGGCCCGAGACGUGCCAUAACCGCUCCACGGCUCCUCGGGCUGAUGCGGGGCCAACCCAGGACGGAAACUGUGAGCUGGGCUGGACGCAGGUGCUGCUGGUGGGCUCCCGACUGCACGUGGUGGCCUGGGCCCUCUUCCUGUAUCACGUUCUCCCCGGGUUGGUCUGGAGGCCCAGCAGGUGUGGCAGCUCUUCAGCCGAAGCAACUGCCGCAAAAACGGAAGACGACUCCUUCCUCCAGUGGUUUCUGCUUCUCAUACCUGUGACUGCCUUUGGCCUGGGGACGUGGCAGGUCCAGCGCCGGAAGUGGAAGCUACAGCUGAUCGCAGAACUAGAGUCUAGGGUUAUGGCCGAGCCCAUCCCGCUGCCCGCAGACCCGAUGGAACUGAAUAACCUGGAGUACCGGCCAGUGAAGGUCAGGGGGCACUUUGACCACUCUAAAGAGCUGUACAUGAUGCCACGGACCAUGUUGGACCCAGCCCGGGAGGCCGGCCGGCUCUCGUCGGCGGCUGAGAGUGGUGCCUACGUGGUCACUCCCUUCCACUGCACUGCCCUGGGAAUCACCAUCCUGGUAAAUAGAGGGUUUGUGCCCAGGAAGAACGUGAAUCCAGAUACGCGGCGCAAAGGCCAGGUUGAAGGAGAAGUGGACCUAGUCGGGAUGGUGAGGCUGUCAGAGACCAGGAAGCCCUUUGUUCCCGAGAACAAUCCUGCGAGGAACCACUGGCAUUACCGGGACCUGGAGGCCAUGGCCAGGCUCACAGGCGCAGAGCCCAUCUUCAUAGACGCCGACUUCAAGAGCACAGUCCCUGGAGGGCCCAUUGGAGGGCAGACCAGAGUGGCCCUGAGGAACGAGCACGUGCAGUACAUCGUCACCUGGUACGGACUCUGCGCGGCCACCUCGUACCUGUGGUUUAAGAAAUUCCUAAGCCGGACUCCUGGUGUGUGA